GUCUCUUUUUUUUUUUUAGACAACAACAAACUCCAGAGCGGCGGAGAGAACAGCGCAACCAGGCACAAACCCGCGCGCACCCUUCCAUCCACACCACGGCGUGCAGCCAUGUCUCUGCCCGGCUCGCAGGCUCCUGAGGACGGACUCCACGGCUCCUGGGUGGAGCUGGAGGAGCUGAUCACCGCGGCGGGGUCGCAGGAGGAGAGCAUCUCCUCCGCCCUGCAGGGGGAGCUGGAGAGGAUCCUCCUGGAGGCCCAGCUGGAGUGCGAGAGGAGCAAAGACAGUCCGACACGUGAGGGGACUCCGCAGUCCACCGGUUCCCCGAGACCCACCAGUGAUCAGGACAGUGACUGCAUCACCAUCCAGGAGGACGCUGAGCGCAGAGUGGACGCUGACUGGGUGUGGGACUGGUCCAGUCGACCUGAAAAUAUGCCACCAAAAGAGUUUGUGUUUCAGCACCCGAAGCAGCAAGGCUCCCUGAGCGUGAGGAAGACCGAGGUGAUGAAGAGGGGCAUCUUCUCCUCCGAUGUCUUCCUCGUCCUUGUUCCCUCGCUGCUGGCUUCACACUUGCUCACGCUUGGAGUCGGGAUCUACAUAGGGAAGCGUUUGGCCGCUUCCACGACCAGCGCCAUGUGACGUGGGCCUGCAGCCCGCCUCGGUCCUGCUGCUGCUGCUGCUGCUAGUUACUACUAGCGCUGCGUGCCGCAGAGGCCUGAAGAGAAUAAGGCCGAUCUGGACCAGCGCGGCCCGGAGAGGGGGAGAUCGGCCCCCUGGAUACAAGAGGAAGGAGAGAACGAGUCUUAGCUCGCUUAGAACAAGAAAUCCCUUUGGAGUGGAUGAGAGGAAAACGGUUGGGGACUAAGUGGGAUGAGAUGAGAUGUGGUAGCCUUUCACCCAACCUUUGGGGGGGGGGGAAAUAAAAAAAAGUCUGUCAUUUGUCAAUACGGAUGAGUAUGUGUAAGAGCAGUGACGCAGUAUCUGACGCAGAGACUUUUAGUUGUGCUUUUUGUCCCGUAAAACCAAAAUUUAAACGUCUGAUCACCGGUGAAGACAAUCAUGAUCCCAUUAAACUUCACUCCUCAAAACCUU